AUGACAUCACGUGUUGGCAGGGGAAAUGGCUUUAAACCUAAAGACAACGCGAUUCAACAAUUCCAAAUGAGCGCUUCGUUGAAGUCAGAGGUACGUCGCUUGAACGUGAUCCAUCUCCUGGUUUGGCUGCUGGUGGCUGCCCAAGUGACCGUCAGUCGCUUAAAGCUGCUUCCACCCGACACAGUCGCCGUGCCCUACCAAUGGGAGUACGUCUACCUGCUGAGCAUUGUGCCCCUGCUGUGCAGUAGCCUGUCAUUGCCCAAGAACAACAUCAGUUACCUGGUCUUGUCCAUGAUAAGCGCCGGGCUGUUUUCGGUGGCGCCGCUCAUCUACGGCGCCAUGGAGAUGUUCCCCCUGGCGCAGCAGCUAUAUCGCUAUGGGAAAGCGUACCGCUUUAUCUUUGGCUUCUCUGCAGUGACUGUGAUGUAUUUGGUCAUGGUUGUGGCAGUGCAAGUGCACGCGUGGCAGCUCUACUGCAUGAAGCAGCUACUUGAUUCGUGGUUCAAUGCCACACAAGAGAAGAAGAAGAAAUGA